AUGUCGCUUUCAGAUCCUCGCGCUCUCCUCGACGCCAGCAUCCCCUUCGACGAUGCGAAGGUCGCCCUCUUGGACCAGGUCGUCGCUGCCAUGUUUGGCACGACUGACAAUCACUCACGCGACGUCGCACAUAAAGUUCUGGGAGAGUUCAAAAACAUGCCUGAAGCUUGGAGCUACGUCGCCGUGAUUCUCAACAAGUCUCAGGAUGCCAACACAAAAUUCGUCGCUCUCCAGAUUCUUGAAAACACGAUCCAGACGCGCUGGAACGUCUUGCCGGACGCGGAGCGCAAUGGCAUCAAGGUUUUCGUCACAGACCUCGUCAUCCGUUUGGCCAGCGACGAGAAGGCCUGCCAGACGGAGAAGCACUUUGUCAACAAAGUCAACGAAAACUUGAUUCAGAUCGUAAAGCAAGAAUGGCCGGACCGGUGGCCGAGCUUUAUCACGGAGAUCUGCCAGUCGAGCAAAGCCAGCCAGUCGAUUUGCGAAAACAACAUGCGGCUGCUGAACAUGCUGUCGGAGGAAGUCUUCGACUUUGGCCGCAGCGAAAUGGUGUCGAAGAAAGUCGAGAAACUGAUGACGCAGCUGACUGCGCAGUUCCAGGAGGUCUUCGACGUCUGCAUGUUUGUGUUGAAGAGCUUCGUAGUCAACGCAGCGGCGAUGAAGGAGAGUCUGGUGCAGCAGACGCUGAAGUGUCUCGCCCAUUUUCUGAAGUGGAUUCCCCUCGGUUUCGUCUUCGAAACGGAUCUGAUCGAGACGCUGCUUCAACAUUUCUGGGAGCCAGUGCAGUUCCGCGCCGACUGCCUCCGGUGCGUCACGGAAAUCGCCUCUCUGCAGCUCUCGAAGGAAGAGACGCAAGUGUUUCGCGAACGCCUCGCCGUGCUCUGGCUUGAACUCGUAGGCAAAGUCCUCGCGCUGCCUCCGCAAACUCUGCGCUUCGAAGACGCCGGACAAGUUCCACCCCAAAUGCGCCUGUUUUGGGAGACGAUCUACUGCCAGCUCUCCCUCUGCCUCACAGCUUUUCUGAAGAACCACCGAGAAAACAUCGCGGAGCCUCUGGACAAGGAGAGAAACGGACAAGCGUGUGUGCAGAUGCUCCAGCAAGUCGCAGCCAUGACGGGUCUGCAGCACGACGAAACCUUCCAAAUUUGUCUCGAUUUUUGGUUUUCAUUUGCGGAGAAGCUCCUCAACGAAGUCCACGAAGUUGUCAAGCGGCAGAACAACGGUGCCCCUCAGCAGCCGCCGCUGAUGCUCUCCAUGCCGUCAAGCGCGGACGCGGCAGCUGCAAACGCGCUCGAUGCGCUGCGUCUGCCGUGCAGCUCUUCAGAACUUUCCUGGAGAGUGAAAAUGUAUUCUGGAGUUUUGAAUCAAGUCAGGAAGGUGAUGAUUCGCAAGAUGGCCAAGCCCCAGGAGGUGUACAUACAGUUCGACCAGGAAACGGGCGAAGUCACGAGAGACCACGAGGUAGACACCGCUGAAGUCGCGUUGUACAACACCAUGCGAUGCACGCAAGUUCUCCUGACGAAUUUGGGCCAAGAGGAGACAGAGGCAAUCAUGCUGGAAACGCUAAACACUGAAUGCAUGCAAGCCCCCGUGCAGCUGGGGGGGUGGAAUCCGACGGCGCUGAACAGACUCUGCUACUCGAUCGGCUCGAUCAGCGGUGCCAUGCGCGAAGACAUCGAACGUCGCUUCCUCGUGCAAGUCAUUCGAAAUCUCCUCAAUCUCUGCGAGCUUAUGAAGGGGAAGGACGACAAAGCUAUUGUCGCAAGCAACAUCAUGUACGUGGUGGGGCAGUAUCCCCGCUUCCUGAAGGCACACUGGAAAUUCCUCAAAACAGUGGUCUAUAAACUGUUCGAAUUCAUGCACGAAACAUUUCCCGGCGUUCAAGACAUGGCCUGCGAAACGUUUCUCAAAGUCGCGCAAAAAUGCAAACAAGCCAUGGCGGCGAACCGACCAGAGGAGCCGAAACCGUUUGUGAUGGAAAUUAUCGAGAAGCAUACGAAGGAGACAGAAGUUCUGGACGAAAAGCAAAAUCUGCUAUUCUUCGAGGCAGUUGCUUGGGUCAUCUCCGCCACAUCGGAUGUGCUGAAAGGCGAAUGCAUCAUGGGCCUCAUGCAACAGUGUAAUUCCACGUGGAAGCAAAUCAUGGAAGCUGCAAAGGCGAAUCCUGACCAAGUUCUCUACUCUCUCGAUGUCUCCAAGCGUCUCGUCAAUAUUCUCCGCGUCAACCAACGUGUAGCAAAGGCGACCGGUGCUGCCUUCACUCCACAGUUGAUGGUGAUUUACCAAGAAAUGAUUCAGGUGUACGGACUGUACAGCCAGCGCAUUUUGCAGGAAGUGCAGCGCUGCGGACCUUCCCGGAUCAAACACAGCGAAGUCAAGGCUCUCCAUCUGUACAAGCGAGAGACGCUUCAUCUCGUGGAAACGUUUGUCGACACAGCGGCACAAGAAGGAGAGAACUGCCGAAAAGAAAUUGCAGAAAAACUCCUCGGAGACCUUCUACAGCCUGUCCUGUCAGACUACAAGAACAACAUCCCCGACACGCGCGACUGCGAAGUACUGACGCUGCUCUCUGUUCUCACGACUCGUCUCGACUCCAACAUCUCGCCGGUGCUCCCUGUGAUUUUCGAGUUCGUCUUUGAGUCGACCCUCAACAUGAUCAAGACGGAUUUCCAGAGCUACCCAGACCACCGAGAGAAAUUCUACGAACUCCUCAAGGCUUGCAACCAGCACUGCUUCGACGGUCUCUUCGCCCUGCCAGCUCACCAACUCAAAGCCUACGUGGAAUCGCUCGUCUGGGCCUUCAAGCACGAACAUCCCUCUGUCGCCGAGCAAGGCUUGCAGGUGACUUACGAGUUUCUUUUGAAGCUGAUCAACGACAAACGCGAGGUUCUGUCGGAUUUUUGCAAUUUGUUUUAUUUCAGUCUAAUGAAGGAGACGUUGCUGGUUCUCACAGACACUCUCCAUCGCUCGGGGUUCAAAUUCCAAACUUUGAUUUUCAUGCACCUCAUUCGAAUCGUCGAGUUCGGCGUCGUGCAGAAUCCCGGCAACGGCCUGACGCGAGAGAAUGUCAUGCAAAGUUUGAUCGAUCUCCUGAGUCGAAGCUUUCAGACCGUCAACCAGAAACAAGUGGAGGCGUUCGUCGUCGACCUGUUCAACUACUGCCGCGACCCGAAGCCUACGCGGUUCCAGCAGCACAUGCGGGAUUUCCUUAUCUCGCUCAAGGAGUUCGCUGGAGAUAACGACCCUCUCUUCGAGGCUGAACGCGAAGAAGCUCUUGCGCGAGCCAGAGAACUCGACAGGCAACGACGCAUGCAGGUGCCGGGCAUGAUUGAACAGUACGACACGACGGUGACAGUUCGUGGAGGAGACGAUGACUAG